AUGAUUCAUCACACCCGGAAAACCCAGGAGAUAGAAACCCACACUCCCUUGGGGGAUCACCCGGGAUCGGCUGAAUCGACCACCAGUGAUGCGCGGGUAGACCCGUCACACACGCGCCAAACCACGGUCAUUGCUCCGGAGGUGGAAAACAGCAGCCAGAGAUGAUCAGAAUAUCAUGCUUUUACAGGGAACUUCAUCAUGGCGCCACCUUUCUUAACCUGCCCUAGAGAAAAGAAAGACCCGAAAAAAAAGGGUCGAGGAAAAAAGCCACCGUUCCCCCCAAGCCUCCCACCCCCAAGUCACUUACCUGCAAAGUUAGACAUUCUUGAUGAAUUCCCCAGCGCCCAAAAGGUUUAGUUUUGUAUGUUUCAUUAGCACCAAAAAAAAGCCGGUUGAACCCGUCACACAAGGACCAGAAACAUACUCUUCGGGGACCUAUAUGACAGCCUCUUAAUAUUUUAGGCACACUGCAAAGCCCAGCCCGAAAGAUGGCCCAAGCACCCGGUGGUUUGUUCUGCACUGGCCAACCAGAGUCUCGUCGUCUACCCUUGUGGGGGGUUUUUUUCUUCUCCUUCCUUUUGCCGUGAACAUUUACUCUGGCAUCAGGGUAAAGAUACCCACAAGUUCCGUUGACGCAAAACCAACCCCG